AUGGACUGUGUCAAGGACUCCCGCUGUCCCAUCUGCAGGAAUCCAUACAAAUAUUUUCCUGCAAUCUGCCCAUUGCUCCAUAAUCUUCUCCGGAAAUCAAAACCAGCAGAUUACAAGAGGAGGGAAGAAGAAGUGCUCAGUAAGCUCUCAGAAUCCAAACAUUUGAACGAAUAUAUUGCAUGAAUAUUGAAUUUUAUGUGGGAAUGAUUUGUUACGUUAUUUUAAUUACUAAUUUGGUCGUUUAAUUGCCUUCAAUAGAAAAAAUAGAUCACGUCUGAUGAAAACAAACGGUACUUAGUUCUCCAGGCAAAUCAAUUUUGGAAAUGCUCUACCUUCUGAUGACUGCUCGCGUGACGAAAUUGGAGCCCUUCUUAUGAUGAAAAUUCUGCUCUAGUCCUCAAAUGUGAAGGAUGGGAAAAUGAUUUGAUUAUGAAGAAAAAUAUUUUCUGAGUAAUUGCCCAUAUUGAGGGACAGUAGAUUAUGUCUUCUUGAGAGACGGCUGUGUGAAGAAACAUAGAUCCUCAUCUGGAAAUAGGAAAGUGUUACGAAGUCAACUGUCGUCUUCAAAAAUGACCUAGACCCCCCACGUUGAGGGGGGGGCACCACUAUAGAAUAAUGUACUAGGGCCUUCUUGAGAGAUGGCUGUGGACUGCAGUGGGAGAUCCGUCCCUGGGAAUCCGAUUCGGGCUCUCCUGUUCUGAGGGUCGGUCCGACCUCAGGAACCCUUCUUGUUGUCUUCGAACCUUCUACUUGUUCUUCCUAUUUUCCAUUGAUAAAUUCUUCUGUCUGGUUCUCUAAUACAAGAGAACCAUUAGCUCCGUGAGAGGAGCCACUUCCAAGGUAGGGCUAUGGCGUGCACGCCCAAAUCUCUGGAGGUUUGUAACAGAAAGUUUUGGUUCUUCAACGUGAUCUUCUUUCUUGUUGCAUCACUCUACUUUGACACCGGCUUGCUUGUGGUCAUUCCUUUUCGGUCAUACAGCAUUCCUUUAUUAUAGCAUAUUUAGCUUUUUCUUUCAGCUCAAAAAAAAAAUUCUCUUUGGAUGGAGUUACACAACAGCGAGCUCCUGGAUGAAGUUCCCAUCGACUGAAGGGCACCCACUUUUAGAAGGAAAUAAACCGCAGUUGCAUAUUGUAACUUAAAUUGUGUGUCAGCUGCUUGAUUUCUCGGUUAGGAUUUUAUUUUCGCAGAAUUUGGAUACCAUUCCUUUCUAAGAUCAAUUAACAUCAGAUGGCACUUUGUCACUGGUUUUAUUUUCUCCACUUUUAGCAUAUUUUAGCACCACCCCCGUCAUGCUCUGCACUUACCUCAUUGUAUCAUCCCUCAGAUACAGAAAGGAAGAGGAACCGUUUCUCCCCUCAGUUUAUCGAAGAUGUUCCCUGCCGUAAGCAGCAACUCUCUCUCUCUCUCUCUCUCUCUCUUCCAUCUCCCAUCUGUGCCUUUUCCCUCUGUACUUUCUAUAUAUUUUUGAAGGCAAUGCCUUCAAUUUUGUGCAUUCGUCGCUGUUUCCAGGAGCAAACGGAAAGUCCCCGCAAGAUGGCGUCAGGGGAGAAGCCUCCGCAGAACUUUCUAUUUCUGACGCUCUCUGUGCCGGGUGUGAGCAGUUGCUCUUCCGCCCCACAGUCCUCAACUGUGGACACAGUGAGACCUCCUCAUUCCCCCAGUUGUUGCUCCCAUCGAGGCCCCCCCUGCUCAACCUUCCCUCCCUGCCCUUCGUUUUCCAGCCUAUUGUGAGCUGUGUGCUGUGAGCCUGGGGAGAGACUCUCUCAGAUGCCGAGUCUGCCAGGGCGUGCACCCCGGAGAGUCGCCACAGGUUUGCCUCCAUCUUGAUGCUUUCUUGGAGAAGCGAUUCCCCGAUGAGUAUGCCUCUAGGAGAGCACUUGUUCAAGCCAGACCCCCCUCCAGUAAGCUCUCUCUCUCUCCCCAAUUGUUCCCCUCCAGUAAACAUUUUUUUUGAGGGAAUAAUUUUGGAACAAUUUGGCCCAAAAUAUCUCAUUUAUGGCGUAUAUUUCUUGGGCUAGUGCCAGACGGAUUUAUUUUAUUUUAAUGUGAUCCCAGGCGCCUCACAAGCUGAGCAACCCGCCCGGCUCUCCAGGCAGGAGGACUCACCGCCAGCGUCCAUGGAGCAGUUGCUUAGAAUUCAUUGGGGGAUCGGAUGCGACUCCUGUGGGGUGAGUCCUCCCAUCCCUCCCAUCAUCUUUUCAAAAAAACAAAAAACAAAAAAAAAUUCGUUAUGUAAUUUUUCUUCACGAAUAAUUAGCCCUACAGUUACUGUUCCUCGUCGGAAAUUUCCAAUUAAUGAAUAAAUUAAUCGUGAUAUUUUAUCCGUUCUUUGAUUUUUAUCAUCUGAAGAACCCUCGGGCUUUCAUUGAAAUCCACUGGCCUCUGGGGGUUGCCUCCCCUGCUUGCAGAUGUACCCUAUAUUUGGGAAGCGGUACAAGUGUACGGACUGCCAGGAGGAGAUGGGCUUCGACUUCUGUGAGGCCUGCUACGAGGCCCGCUCCAACUUCCCGGCCCGGUUCAACCAGCGGCACACCCCCGACCACGUUUUCGAGCUGAUCGAGUUCUGCAUGGUGAAGAGGCGGCGGGUCGGGCCGGGCUUCGACGGCGGCCCGGACAGGCCCGACAUCACCGACCGGUUCUCUGAAAGAGCUAGCGGUCUUUGA